UAAAUUGCUUGGCUGACCUCAUAAGAUGUUUUUUGUCGUCGUGCUGCCUCGUCUCCUUCUUCUAAUGUUUAAAAGCUCGUCUCUUUCUAUGUUCGAUUCUCAAUUGCUAUCUAGAAUGAAUGUCGGGAACAUAACCUAAACAACCAAGGACAAAAUGCCUAAUACCCUGAAUACCUUUCUACUAUUCAGUUUACCCUUGGUGGUGCCAGGACUCGCUGCUGAUGGAGUUAUAUAUAUGGACGUCCUCGGACAAGGUUUCUACCCAUCCAAGCCUGACAACUAUACUCUAGGUCUGUUCAGCCAUGCCGAGAAAACUCCCAAUGUAACUCGCUCGAUCAAGUUCAACCCUUUUGUGGCACCGGAAGGGAACACGAACAUUACGAAUUUGACGGAUAUUGAGUGGACAUGGAGAGUUAACGUCAGUGAUUUCUCCGUUCCCAAUGCUGCCGCUGGGAGGGAUCCUCUCAACGAUCCACAUAUUGUCCAUACAACGUACGAUUUUACCUGGCCUGAAGGCGGCAACUUGAGCUCUGCCCUUCCUCCCUCAACGAAUGCUGUUUGCAUCCAAUGGCUCGAUGUGAUUGGUAACCCGGCCAACAUCAGCAACACUUACACAGAAGACAACGCCGAUAGCACCGACUGUACCCCUAUGCUGGGCAGGGAAUGUGUUGAUGCGAUAGUCGCCCGUGCGUCAGGUCAUCGUUCGGAUUGCUUUAACAUCGCUCAGAGCUGGUGGUCGAUACGUCAAUGUGCGAGCACGUUUGGUUACAUACUGAACGCUAACAAUGGAAACUUGGGCACACAAGAGGGUGCUAUAUAUUCUACGGAAGGGUCGGACUCCAUCAGCGGCGAACGCUUCUGGGCGGCCACGAGUGCGGCUUACAAUGGCACAAACACUACCACGUACAACUCUGCGGCCAACAAGCUUCAGGUCAUGAUGCUAGCCCCAGUCAUCUUAAACGUCACGUAUCCCCAAUUGCUCUGCACGCGUGUCAACACGACCCAUCUUGAGGAAUCCGAAAGUGAUGGUGACGGCAAUAGAGACAAUGAAGGCGAAGGUGAUGACAAUGACGAAGGAGCAGGGAGCUUGGUGCGGCACAAUUCUGGGAUUGCCAUCCUGGCCUCUUUGGUCUGGGUUUUGGUCGCCAUGUUUUAGUUUUAAGAGUGGAUUACUAGGCCAUGGUCAAACAUCUCGCUUGUUCAGGUUCAUGCAUUGGAUUAUACUAGGCGCUGUGGUCAAAAAAACACAUAAACUACGCCAGUUCAAUGAAGACAAGAUGAUAAUAGGAAUAUCACGGUUGGUUUCAAGCAAUUUAUUGUUCGAUUCAAAACGUGCAGGGUCUACCUGGGCAUAACUAAAUUGCAUCAUUUGACGUGAUAAGGUAGUUAUCCCCGAGUGAGUGAAACACAGGAGUAACAUUCCCUAUAUUGAGAUGCGAUACUCCCAUUUUCCUUAGUCAUUCCCUUCAAGCCCGAUUCCAUACCAUAAGC